AUGGGGGGGGGUCUCGUAUCUGGGGUCUAUUACUCUUUUAGCGCGCCAUCUGUGGCGUCCAUUUGUGGCUCCCUCCGCUCGGUAGCACUCGUGGCCGUGCUUCAUACAAUCGUGCUCGAUUUGCUUUCAUGCCUAUCGCAGAAAUCUGCAGCAGGUUCUCGUAUAAGAGCAGUCAUUCGCUUUUCGAGUGGCACUCACAGGUCGAUUACACCCCACCGACAGCACUCACUCAAACAACCACAAUGCCCUUCAACCAAUCAGGCUCGCACGCUCAGGCCAACAUCCAGACCUACAAUGACGUUGCUGGCAACCAGACCAACACCACCAAGAGCACCAGCGUUGGCAACAUAUCUACUGGAAGCGGCGGUCGAGGUGGAGAUGCAGGACCGACCUUGUUCGGCGGAUCCAAAACAACUGGUUCUGGCGGCGCAGGGGGAAGCGUCACCUUCAACUAACCCAGUCGAAUGCUCCCAUGACCUUGUUUCCGCCGUGUACUUCGUCUUGAAGUCCAGAGUACCCAUUUGA